CUAUGUAAGCUUCCGUACUUUUUAGCAUUCGCUGAAUUUUAGUUGUAAUCUAGAUCUACAUUACAUCUGUCACCAUUUAUAAUUAUCCUUUCUUAGUAUGUUUUCAACCAUGUAAAGGCAAUCAGCAAUAAUGAAGAGUCUUGUGCUGAAAAAAUUUAGAAGAAAGAAUUAUGUCGAAAAAUAGCUCUGCUAAACAUUCAUUCACUCUCUGGCUGAGCCGGAUCCUUGUUGUGAUAUUAACUGUGUUGAUAUUAUUUGUCCUAUUUAACUCAUACCUAUCAACAUUGCCUGUGUGUCGAAUAUCAGGGCCAAAACACUGGACGGCUGAUGGAUUUAGGAAUUUUGCCAUAAGAACUACAUGGAAUGGUAACUGUGUUAAGCAUGAACCUGUCAAAAUUUCAUUAUCGCCAUCAGCUGAUGGUGGGAUGAUCAUCAAAAUAUUGGCCCCUUUUUUUAACAGCCCUGGUAGACCUAACGGACCAGCUGGACAACCAUUUCCUGGGCUCUGGGACUAUGAAGUUGUGGAAGCCUUCUUUUUGAAUGACAAGAACCAGUAUCUUGAAGUUGAACUGGGACCCUGGGGACAACAUCUGCUGCUGAUAUUGAAUGGUGAAAGGCACGCUGUAAAGGACAAACUGCCACUGACCACUUACACCGCUACCAUUGAUGGUGACCGUUGGACAGGGGAGGCCAUCCUGCCCAGAGGAUAUUUUCCACCAGCUGUUACCAAGUUCAAUGCAUAUGCAAUCCAUGGUGAGGGUGAUAACCGAGUCUAUGAGUCCCUCUAUCCAGCUACUGGCUCUGAAACAAAGCCUGAUUUCCAUAACCUGCGUUACUUCCAACCAAUAGACAUUAGUGCACUGCUCAAUAACUACAACCCCAGUGACGUCUCCGACUUGUGGAAGCCUUAUGUAAAUCCAGACUCUGUGGUUGGUUAAAAGGUUGAAUUUUUUAAUAGUCUAUAUAUUCUCCUUGUUUUAUCUUGAUGUAUGAUGUAAUCAAUUUAUUUCCAACCUGAUAACAUAUUAAUUGUAUCAAAUGUGUUCAUUAAACUAAUUUUUUUAAAGUUGA